AUGAGUGACUCCCCAACGCUCGAACAAGGCAUAUCAAUCGAGACGCAAACAACGAAAAAAGAAAAGUUGCCCGGGUACUUUGGCCAGUACAAGUUUGAGAUAAUCCAACUGAUUGUUCAGUUAGUUUUUGGGGUUGCUCCAGUAUUAGCAAUGACGGGCAUAUUCGGCGUGUGGGAGCAAAACACGGUCAAUCUUGCCAAUUCAAGCGGCAAAACUAAAUACUAUGCGCUGUACUGGCCUGUUCAUAUUUUCACUCGCUGCGCAAUUGGCGGCUCGGCGGGUCUAAACUGGCUGUGGAUGCUGCGUAACCAUUAUUCCCAAUAUCACGAUAGACGUCGCUGGUGGAGAAAACUCAAUCGUAUCUUUGGCAUGGUUGCCACUGGGCUAGCUGCGCUCAAUGACAGACAGCUGGAUGCAGUGUUUUUCGAAGACAAGUCUACUAUAAUUUAUGCUGGAAAGGGAACGGGGUUCUACAGAAACCUUAUUAUUGUGUGCAUGUGCUUCUACUGCUUCGCACUUGUGUCGUAUGCGUGUUUUUCGGCUGAAAUCAAUCGUGACAAGAAGAAAAAGAGUUAA